AUGAUUCAAAUAGGGCUAGAUGCAGGAUAUUUAGCAAUACAAAAGUUUAAUAAUUUUAUAAAAAAUUUUAUAAUAAAAUAUACUCCAAAACAUUUAGCUAAUAAUCUUGAAAAUUCUGAUUUAGAUUAUGUUAAUGAAUCAUCUUCUCAAAACUAUAGUAAUGUCGAGAAUAUAGAUCCAUCUCUAAUUCAGAAUCCUAUCAUUCAUCCAAAAAAAGGUACAUCACGCAAAACAUGUUUUAAAAAAUUUCAAAAAUUAAAACUGAAGACUUUAGAGCGAAAGCUAACAGAAUAUCAACAAUAUUAUAAGUUUGGACAUAAUAAAGCUAGUUGUGAAAAAUCGUAUAAAAAGUAUCAAAUUCCUUAUCCUUUUUAA